CAGUGAGCAACAACAACAUGGCAUCUUUUCAAAAAGUUGCAGCAGUUACUAUUUGGUCUUACAGUGUAGAUAGCUCACAGAACAUAGCUAUCUGAGGAUAGAUGUGUUCCUAACUUGGUUUGGAUGUCCCUCUUUCAUCUGAAACUGGGUUCCCCAUUUCUGCCAAGUUAUGUGUGCGACCCGUGGCUUCAGUGGCUUGGCCCCUUUUCUGAGGAAAGGUUAGGUGCAUGUUUGUCACUUCCUUGGUGCUCUCCCACCAGGUAGACAGGCAUGCACUGCAGCAUGGCAUAGCAUAGUUAGCAUUUUGUUCCCCAAAGUGUUCAUUAGAGGACGCAGUACGAGUUCCCUAGAAGGGUCUCGGGUUACACAUGCAGAAGAGGGAACAAGACGGAUGAGAUGGAGACAAACUUCGGCCUGCCUGUUUUAUGUCUCCUUCAGACAACUGAGUUGGUGAUGUGCUCAGCAGGUGCCCUUUUAUACUUCUGGGCACACACUCAUGAUGUCACAGACCACAUUUUUUUUUUUUUUUUUUUCACAAGUGCUUCAGAUACUGGUCCUGCUAGCGGCAGUCCCAAUAGUGUCCACUAGAGGACACAGGACGUCUAGUUCUCUCUCUGGGAACCAUGGUUACAUGUAACCUGAGAUGUUUCAGUGUCAUGACAGCUUGAGGUCAAAUACCUUUAUUCUCUCAGAGAGACUGAACUACUGCUGUGAAACUUACAGAUAUCAGCUAAACCAACACAGAGAAAUGAAUCCAGAACUUACAGAGCCCGAUGAAGCACCAUAUUUAAAUGAGCUGAGGAUCAUGUUAUUGGGAGUCUCCGGAGCUGGAAAGAGUCCAACAGCAAAUGCAAUACUAGGUCGAGAGGCGUUUAAAGAGAGCAGAACCAGAGAGAGUGAGAUACAGAGAGGAAGAGUAGAAGACAGAAACAUCUCCAUCAUCGACACGCCAGGAUUCUUCAACACUCAACUGACUGAUGAAGAAAUGAAGAAGCAGAUGAUGAAGAGUCUGUAUCUCUCUAAUCCUGGUCCUCACGUGUUCCUGCUCAUCAUCAACCUGGAGACCUUUAGAGAGGAGCAGAGGAACAUUGUCCAGCAAAUUCAGGAGAACUUUGGAGAAGAAGUGUUUUUAUUCACCAUGGUGCUCUUUAUUGGACGAGAAAAAGUCUCCAAAAGAGAAUUUAAUCAAAUCAUUGAGAGUGAAGAAAUACAGAAAAUAUUGAACUACAUUGAAGGAAGAUUUCAUGCAAUGAACAGCAAUGACGAAUGUGAUCUGAAUCAAAUCAUAAAGCUCCUGAAGGGUAUUGAUGAAAUGCUGAAGAACACUGGAGGACAAAACUACAGCAAUGAGAUCUACCUGAAAAAUCUGAGAAAACUUAAAGAGCAGAAAGAGAGAUUUAAAAAUGAUGAAAAAAGACUAAAACAAGAAGAAGAGAGAAUGAAACACGAGCCGGUGAGGAAAGGACAAGAAGAGAGAGAAGGAAUAAAUCAAGAGGAGGAAAUAAUAACCAAAAGCAAAGAAAGCAGAAUAAAAGCCGAUAGUGAGAAGAAACAAGAGGAUGUGAGUGAGAAGAAAACACAAUAUCUGAGAGGUAAGGAUGCUACAGUUCAGGAAACAGAUGGAAAAUAUUCAUAUAUAAAAGUGUCCUGUUUACUUUGUAAAUGAACAACAGCAAUU